UCAUGCCCAGUUACUGUAAAAUAGAAAGAAAGCAACUAAACCCUAAUCCUAUUCAUUGAAUCGGCUCAUCGGCGUCGUCGCUCUCCAUAAUCUCCGUUCCCUCUUGUAAUUUUCCGUGACAGCCAUCACCAAACAUGCGACGGAUUCAUAGGGAGCGAGCUCAACCGCAAGAGAGGAAGAAAUAUGGUCUUCUUGAGAAGCAUAAGGAUUACAAAAUCCGUGCAAAUGCCUACCACAAGAAACAGGAGGCUUUGCAGAGGCUCAGGGAGAAGGCAGCAUUCAAGAACCCAGAUGAAUUUAAUUUUAAGAUGAUCAGAUCAAAGAUGGUUGAUGGAGUUCAUAAGCCAAAGGCUUGGAGUCAUGGGACGACGAGGCGAGGCAAGAAAUCAAAAGCUCCAAAGUUGUUCAAAGUCAAGGAUGAACGACACGCAGGAACGUCCUACAACCGGGUCUCGAUUGCGGAAGAAGACGCUCCUCCUCUGGGCAAGCGAGUCAAGGCUCUGGACGAAAGUCAGGACAAGGCCUCGGGUGCGAAACUCGGGCCCGGAGGAUCCCAAGCGCUUUGGUUCUCGGACAUGUACGAGGAGGAGGAAGGAUAUGGAAAGAAGAGGAGACGUGUGCAGUCUCUUGGACAUGUACGAGGAGGCUGUUUCAGAGGUAGAGGCGGACGUCGCGGUGGCCGAGGCGGCGGUGUUCCGAGAUGCCGACGGUGAUCAACCGUUUGGUUUAUUAUUCAGUUAUUUUAAAAUUUUAGAAUUAAUAAUAAAAUAGUUGUUUAAUUUAAAUCGAUUGCCUAUAGAAACAGCUAUUAAGAAAAAAAAAUUGAAUUUA